AUGUCAUUUGCUCACUCCAACAUGCAGUCAGAUGAGCUCGCUGCUCUCCUGGCUCGCAAUCUCAGCUUCAACCCGAUUCCCGAGCCUGCCCCUGUUCCUCAAGAGGAACCCAAGGUAGACCACGCUGAGCCCAUUAUCUAUACCUCAGUUCACUACACCCAUUCCGCCCAUAUCUCUCAAGCAGCUCAGCACCAGGAAAUUCCUCGUCGUUCUUCAGAACCGCCCCAGACACAGGCGCCUAGCGUGGAAGCUAUCCUGCAGCAUUACGGCAUCAACCCAGCAACACUCACACCUUCACAACUCCAGCUUUUCAAGGUUGCGGAGCCUCCUCAGCAGGAGAGACUUGUCGAGCUUUGGAGCAUUUGCCCUCCUGGAAAUGGUGGUGAUAUCCCAGCUCUUGCGUGGAGUAGCACCACCGUUGAGCAUGAGGAGCAACUUGCCCGUCUACGUUACGAUCGACUGAACCACCAGCAACAAGUCAUGAGUCUGGAUGGAACUCAAGUACAAGAGAACGAUGGCAGAUGGGUUCGCACUGCAGAGCCUGAAAUGGAGCCAUACAUGGCCUCUGGCUACGAGGAGCUUAUGCGAAGAGAGCGUGAACGAGAGGCUCGGGACAGCCAGCCUAGGAGCACAUAUGGUCUUUACUCCCAUGCUACAGACCCUGCAUACAUGGGCCCCGACUAUGCCCGAGACCAGCAGUUACUGCAGAUGGCAACCCAGUACGGCGCUUACCAGGGAUUCCGAGCCCCUGAGGCGGACACGAUGGAUGUUAUGUAA